AUGUCCGGCUGGAAUGAUCUGCCCAAGGCCCUGGAGGGCAGCAAAGACAAGCUUGCCAAACUCCUUGAAUCCGACGCCCAGCUGAAGGCCUUUACCACCUCGGACGCAAUUGACAGGCCUGCCACAUUCGGCAUCAAAUCGACCGGCUCUGACAACACGCUGCUUAUCGAAGUCACCAAUGGGAGCGCCAAAGCAAGCUCAGGUACCUCCAAGGAUGCACUCUUCACACUCUCCGCUACCUCAGAGCAAUGGGAGCAGCACUUCAAGGAGACGCCGGUCAUGCCCUACCAGAGCUACUGGGGCAUGUUCGGCAUGAACAUCAAGCAGAAGGGCAUCGAAGUCCUGGGCGACCAGACUGCCUUUGCCCACUGGACCCACGUCUGGAGACGCGUUCUCGAGCUCGCCCACGAAGCACAAUGCGGCCCCUUGAAGGAGGAGGAGCAAGCCGAGCAAGAGCGCGACUACCUCACCGGCCGCUACGUCUUCCUGGAGGCUCCCGUCUGGGGCAGAUCCAAGGUCUUCUAUGAAAGCGCCGGUGAAGGCAAACAGCAGAUUGUCUUCCUGCACACCGCUGGUAGCGACAGUCGGCAGUACCAUGGCGUCAUGAAUGAUGCUCAGAUGCGCAGGAAGUGCACCAUGUACGCUUUCGAUCUACCGGGGCAUGGACGCAGUUUCCCCUCGAGGAACCUGCCGCCGGGAGCGCACACCAACACCGAGGAUAGCUAUGUGGGAAUCAUUGCAGCGUUCGUCAAAGAGCUGGGCCUGCGGAGACCGAUCAUCUGCGGCGCUAGCAUGGCAGGCCAGGUCUGUUUGGCGGUUGCCAUUCGUCAUAGGGAAGUUGGUGCUGGUGGAACUAUUCCCCUGCAAGGGUCUGAUUAUCUGAACAUGGAGCGUCAGUGGCACGAUCGGUCGCCGUACGUCAAUCAGUCGCUGUUCAACCCAGAGUGGAUCUAUGGCAUGAUGUCCCCCACCGCGCCCAAGGUCAACAAAGACCUGAUUUGGCAUCUCUACAGUGCCCAGGCCUACGGCAUCUUCCACGGCGAUCUCGACUUCUACUUCGGCGGCUGGGACGGCCGCUCGCGCGUGGCAUCAAUCGACACCAACAGCUGCCCUGUGUACAUGUUGACCGGCGAGUAUGACUGGUCCAACACACCGGAGAUGUCGCAGAAGACCGCAGACAAGAUUCCUGGAGCUAUGCACAAGGCUAUGCCCGGCUUGGGCCAUUUCCCAGCGACCGAGAACCCCAAGGCGUUUGUGCCGCACCUGAUCGAGGCUAUCGAUCAUAUCCAGAAGGUUAGGAGCGAGGGUUUGAGCACUAUGCGUUUGGGUAAUGGCACGGAUUGA